AAAAAUGUUGUUGGCAAAUGAAAUGAAAUGGUAACCCAAUAACAAGAGAAAUGAGAAGCCAAUAAGCAAACAAGUGACCUACACCUACACCCACUCACUCACUCCCACCCUUGGCGGUGGGUAACUUUAAUAACACUCACCCCACAAACAGCUAAUUUUGAUGAUGAUAAGGGUAAGGGAAUUGGUCAUGGCCAAAGUCAGAGGUGGACCUCUCUCCCCCGCGGCGCACGUUAGCCCCUCUCCCUCUCCCUCUCCUAAGCGGUGGUGGCCUCCUCAUCCACCCACGUCACUAAUUCAGCCGCACAUCCCUCCCACCACUUUAACCUCUCCCCUCACCACCAAACCAUUUCACUCUCUCCCCCUCUUCCUCCACCCUCCUAUCCUACGCACCCCCCAUCUCUUUUCCUUCACCCCCACCAUUUCCUAAACCCUAACGUCAAAAUCCAAUCUUUCUCCUUCUCUUCCCCCCUUAAUUUUCCAUGGCCUCCCCUUCAUCCCCAACGGACUCUAACCCUCCCUCCGCGGUGCCCCUUCCGCUCCCCGCGCCGCCGUCCUCCUCCUCUCGCCGCCUCCCGCCGCCCUGCUGGACCCCUGAGGAAACCGCUGCACUCAUCGACGCCUACCGCGACAAAUGGUACUCCCUCGGCCGCACCAACCUGAAAGCCACCCACUGGCAGGAGGUCGCCGACGCCGUCACGGCGCGGUGCCCCAACGCCUCUCCGGCUGCGAAAACCGCCGUGCAGUGCCGCCACAAGAUGGAAAAGCUUCGCAAACGCUACCGCACCGAGAUCCAGCGCCUUCGGUCCCUCCCCGUUGCGCGAUUCAACUCUUCCUCUUCCUGGGUCCAUUUCAAAUCCAUGGAUUCAAUGGAAAAAGGUCCCUCUCCACCCAAACCAGAAAACGACAACCUCAACACCCACGACAACCUCGACGACAUCGACGACGAUGACGACGACGAUUUGUACGAAGAAUUCAAGAACGCUUCCGGAUCCAACACGAGGAGCCUCAACAAGCUGUACAGAAACGGAAUCGGUGGCUCCGGAUCAGGAUCCGGGUUUCGGAUUCGGAUCCCAACUGGCGUUAGCGUGGCGCAACAUGGAUCGUCGAAAUUCUUCGGGAAGGUUGUUGGGGAUCAGAAAGUGAAUAACCCUAUGAUGGGUUCGGGUUCUGGUUCUGGUUCGGUGCCACGUGGCGCGACGAAUGGAACUAGGGUUGUGAAGGGGUUGGGGAAGAGAGAGAGGGACCCUGUUGGGGAAAUGGUUAGUGCUAUUAAGGUUUUGCGUGAUGGGUUCGUUAGGAUGGAGCAAAUGAAGAUGGAGAUGGCGAGGGAGAUUGAGACCAUGCGCAUGGAGAUGGAGAUGAAGCGCACUGAGAUGAUUCUCGAGUCCCAGCAGAGGAUUGUUGAGGCUUUUGCUAAGGCUGUUUCUGAGAAGAGGAAGAAGGGUAAGACUACCCCAUCACCAUCACAACCCUAGAUUUUUCAUUAGUCCAGAUCAAAAUUUGCAACUUUAUUCUAUUCUGUGCUUGCCCUUGAGGACAUAAAUGAUCUUCUGUAGUUCAGUUCUUGUUUUAGCUAGGUUGGUUCAUAUUGUUACACUCAUCUACCACUCUCUCUUCUUUCUCUCUCUCUUUUAUAUGUGGAACACUGGAUCUUGAUUAGUUUUAGGAUUAUGUUUGGUUUAUGAAUUUAGCUUUAGUGUUUGAUUUUUCUUAAGGUAAUUGUGUUGAUGCUUUGUAUUUAUGUCGAAUUUUUAACUAAGGGAACAUAAUUUCAUUUAUCUGGAA